UAGACAGCAGACAUCUGUCACAUACAGAUCUCUGACGGACUAUUGCAUUGAGAAAGGAAAACACAGAUACACCAUCUUCACUCUUUUGAGGCCGAUAUCCAGGAGCAAGUAAAAAGGAUGGGUUCCGCAGGAGUACAAAUGGUAUGCGUGGCACUGGGAGUGCUGGGGCUGGUGGCUGGGAUUGUGUGCUGCGCCAUUCCCAAGUGGAGAGAGUCAUCAUUCACAGGACAGAACAUUGUCACUGCACAGGUGACUCAGGAAGGUCUGUGGAUGACCUGCGUGGUUCAGAGCACAGGCCAGCAGCAGUGUAAGACCUACGACUCCAUCCUCAUCCUGUCCAGCGACCUGCAGGCGGCGCGCGCCAUGACCAUCAUCAGCUGCAUGCUGUCGGCCCUCUGCAUCCUCGUCGUCUUCGUGGGCGCCGACUUCACCACCUGUGUGGAGAACGAGGACGCCAAGCCCAAGAUCACGCUGGCGGCCGGCGUGGGGCUGCUGCUGGCCGGCCUCCUGCUGAUCAUCCCCGUCAGCUGGGCGGCGCACAACGUCAUCCAGGAGUUCAACAACCCCCUGAACCCCAAGAAGAUGGAGCUGGGGCCCUGCAUCUUCGUGGGCUGGGCCGGCGGCGUGCUGCUGCUGUUGGGGGGUGGCCUGCUGUGCUGCUUCAGCCGGGUGCGCUCGGGCAGCUCAGGAGGAACAGCCAAGUACUACAGCAACAGCGCCUCCGCCCCCAGCAAGAACUACGUUUAGCUUAGCGGCAGAGGUUAGGGUUAGCGGUAGGGACCGUCACGGGGAUGACGUCAGACGGGGAGGGGGGGAGGACAGAAAAAGACAGAGAUGGGGGGGGGGAGGCAGAGAGCAAAAAAGGGAGUGAUUUGAAACAUGGAUGAGUGAGAGUGAGAAAGCUGAGGGAUGGAGAAAGAGGAGAAGGAAGAGAGAAUUUGAGUAAAGGGGAAAGAUUUUUAAAGGGGAGAAAAAAGGACAACUGUAAAUAGCAAGUAUAAACAACUGGGAUAAUUAAUAGAAUUAGUUUUUUUUUAUUUUGGUACAGGAUAGAUGGGGAACUAUUGUAUAUACUUCAACUAUACGCUAACUUUCACAUUAUGGAUACAAGACAUAUUGAGGUCACUGCAUAUAUUUUUGUCCUAUAACAUUUCAUGUAACAUUUUAACACAUAAUCAGUUAAGCCAUGCUAUCAUUUUAGGCUGAAUGGCUUUAGGGCCACUUGUGUAAUUUCAAUCUUAACCAGUGUAAAAGCAUUUUGUUUUGCGUCUGCCCAUUCAUUCAAGGUCCAUGAAAAAGCAUUUCAAAAUAUUAUUUUUGUAAAUGAAAAUGUGAUGCUAGAAUGUAUUUGUUAUGUAACUCAAAAUGUUUCAUUUUAUGUAAGUGUUUCCAUUCAGCUCACUAAUGCGUAUGCAUAUGUCAGGCAUAAAUGAAUCAGCAUAAUGUAACCCAAACAAAAAUGUCAUUUUUGAG